AUGCGUUGCAAAGAAACCCUACAGCCGUUUCUCGCUCUUCUUCCUCUAGUACACGGCGCAUUCCUCGACCAAAACGUCCUGCAGCCGGCAGCUGUCGAUCCUGUGCAUCCGCUGAUCACCCCUGCUCCAGCAAGCACCAAUUGGCGUCCUACCAGAACACGGCAACGGAGAGGUCUACUUGACGACGUCACGAGCUAUGGUGGCCAAGUGUUGUCGAAGCUAGGGUCGGCUGUCCCAAGCUACGUUGCCAGUGGCGUACCGAAUUUCUUCCAAGACUUUCCCACCGGCGACAAGGUCCAAAGCAGUCUGGGUCUAGAUGACGACCAGGUCAAAGCGCUUCCCACUCAAGUGUUGAACAUACCUGGCUAUGGCAAUUGGACGGAGCAAGGCUGGAAUCUGCGGUUUCAUGGGAACGUGUACAAGCAGCCGAAUAUAUCGACAGACAAGCUCAACGAUCUUGCAAAUGUUUUUCUCGUCGAUACUUCUGUCGAAGAACUCCCUCCCGACCAAGCCGCGCAGGCGCGGAAUCUGACAUCUGAGAUCUUCGUUCUGCAGCAAAGUAAUCAGAAUGUCACAUUUGUCAUUGAGCCUGCCACCGUAGCAGGAGCCGGUCCAGGGGAACAAGGAGGUGGAGGCGCAGUGACGCCUAAAGGCGGCAACCAGACUGUCAAAUUUCCCAUUCCUACAACUGGAGAGGGAGACUUUGAUGGGUUCGUCCAGAUCGAUAACAAUGGUCUCGAAGCCGGUAACUCUACACAGGAUCCACAACGCUUAGAUGUAUACGCACAAGGCGAUAUCAAUGGAAAUGCCACAGCGUAUCUUGUGCCUGAAAAUGGCAUCACAGUAAUAUCCGACAUUGACGACAUUCUCCGUAUAACCAAAAUCUUCCAGCCUAAAGAGGGUCUUCUGAAUUCCUUUGCCAGGCCCUUCACCCAAUGGGAAGACAUGCCUAAUAUUUACUACAAUUGGUCAAGUUCGGUACCCGCAAUCCACUUUCACUACCUCACGACUACUCCUGAGCAAAUAACAAGAAAUUAUAUGGACUUCAUCUACAAGGUCUACCCCGGUGGUAGCUUUGAUACUAGACCGCUCAACUUCAGUGAUGUCAGUGCUACGCUCUCAAUACGAAAAUUCCUCCUCGAGAAAAUCUUCCAGACUUUUCCCAAGCGAAAAUUCGUCCUCGUUGCAGACACCAGCAAUCCAGAUGUGAUGAAGGAUUACCCGCAAAUGGCGAAAGAAUACCCAGGCGCAGUGGCAUGCAUAUUGCAAGUUUCUCCUCAACCCCUUCAAUUGACAGCCCAGCUGACUGCUUCUCGUAGCCUACGCAACACCUCAAAUACCGACCCUUCCGACCUGUUCCCCUACGAUACAAGCGAGUUCAAGGGUGUGGAUAAUAAGACCUACAUGUUCUUCAACCACGCCGUAAGUUCUAUCCUAUUUCUACCUACCGACCGUUAG